GGAACAAACCUUCAAGCUCUUAUCGAUGCAGUGCCUACUUUUAAAAAUCCCCAUGCACAAAUCGUUCGAGUGAUCUCAAACACAAAACAUGCCUAUGGUCUAAAACGUGCUGAAUCCAGCACACCACCAAUACCCACCACUAUACAUAGUUUAGCAAGUUUUCGAAAAACAUGCGAAUCAAAUCUUCCCGAAACAAAAGUUAGAAAAUCAUACGACGAAAGUUUAGCUAAAGUAGUACUUGAGCCUAAACCUGAUUUAAUCGUUCUUGCUGGAUUUAUGCAUAUCUUGAGUGAAGGGUUCUUGGAAGCUUUAAAUAAAGUACCGGUUAUUAAUCUUCAUCCUGCUUUACCUGGUUGUUUUGAUGGUGCCUGUGCAAUUGCACGUGCUUGGGAAGCUGGACCAGAUGGGACAGGAGACGUAUCAGAAACAGGGGUGAUGAUUCAUGAGGUCAUUGCAGAGGUCGACCGAGGAAGUCCUGUGGUGAUAAGAAAGGUGGAGCUAAAGAAACAAGAGUCAUUGGCUGAACUUGAGGAGCGAAUGCAUAAAGUUGAACAUGAAUUGAUUGUGGAAGGAACUCGAGAGAUGUUAUCGAGGAUUGCAAAAUCA